AUGCGGCUGCGAGCUAUAUCCGCCGCGUCCGGUCGUAUGCGCGCCAUAGCACUGCGAUAUCGGCUAUGGUUUAUUUUAACAAAAGGAAACCGGGUCAAGAAAAUCAAAACGGCAGUAGGCGAUUAUAGUUGGCAUAACCUUCGACGAGGGGGGAGCGCGCGCGAAAAACGAUCGCGCGUAGAGCGGGCGACGGAGCGGCGACGCAGGCGGCCGCAGGGCAUUAUCGGCCCAUUGUCCAAGGCGAUAAGGCCGCCAAUCGGGGGUGUGCAGCGUUACGAAAUA